GCCUCUUGGCGGCCAAGCUUGCGGCCAGCUGCGGAGGUCUGUCGAAAGCCAGGACUUGCGGGAGCAGACCGGGACCACACCACUGAAGAUGAAGUAGAAGAAGAUGGCCUCAUCGUCUCGGAGAGCACGCAGGCACGGGUCUGGUCCAGGCGCGAUCGCUCAGAUGGAAGCAAUUCUGAUUCCAUCCACAGCAGUGCCGGCGCUGGCCGUGGGAAGGCAAGACGAGCUUUCUACAAAGUCAGGCAGCUUGCGGAAGCCUGA